AUGACUUCAGCUCGAGCAGCCCAGGUGGACAUUGUCCCUGCCGAGAAGGAAGAUGUACUGCAGAACGAGUAUGCAUUCGACGCGAAGGAGCAGGGCGCCAGGAUCGACUACUCUGGCGCCCAUGAGAAGACAGAUCCUGUUGAGAUAGCCUUGGUGAAGAAGCUUGAUCUCUGGAUCAUGCCCAUGCUUUGGGGUAUGUAUUGGCUAAAUUAUUUGGACCGAAAUGCGAUAGCCACAGCACGUCUGGACGACCUUGAAUCCGACCUCAAUCUCUCCUCGUCAGAGUACCAGACAUGCGUGUCAAUCCUCUUCGUCGGCUACAUCCUCGGCCAGAUCCCUUCAAACAUGCUCAUCACCCGCCUCCGUCCUUCGUACUACAUGGCCGGCUGUAUGUGCCUGUGGGCCAUCAUCAGCUGUUUGACCGCCCUGGCCAAAGACUUCACUGGCCUGUUGCUGACGAGGUUCUUCCUGGGCGUCGUCGAGGCGCCAUACUAUCCUGGAGCACUAUACCUGCUGUCGAUCUUUUAUACCAGGAAGGAGGUUGCUACUCGUAUCAGUAUCCUGUACACCGGCAACAUCCUCGCCACGGCUUUCGCUGGGCUCAUUGCUGCUGGCAUUUUCCAUGGACUUUCAGAUGUCGGAGGACUUUCGGGGUGGCAAUGGUUGACUCGCUGGCUCAGUCCUGAAGAGCGAGAACUCGCCAACAGCCGCAUUGUAGCGGAUACCGUGGGCGCCAAACACCAGACGAGCAGCUGGAAUGGCCUCAAGGAAGCCGGCAAGGACCCCAAGAUUUGGCUCUUCGCCUUCAUGCAGCAUAUGCACCUUGCUGCCAAUGGCUUCAAGAACUUCUUCCCGACUGCCGUGGAGACGCUUGGUUUCUCGCAGACUAUCACCCUUGUGCUCACCUGCCCUCCGUACCUUAUCGCAGGCGCCAUUUCGAUUUACUGGUCGUGGCAAUCUGGCAGGUUCAACGAGCGGACUUGGCAUAUAACCGCCGCCAAAGCCGUUGCUGUGUUUGGCUUCGUGCUGGCAGCAGCGACUUUGAAUACCGGUGCAAGGUACUUCGCAAUGUGUGUGUUUGCGGUUGGAACGUACGCCGUAAACUCGAUCAUCCUGGGAUGGGUAUCAAGCACGUGCGGCCAGACCAAGGAGAAGAAGGCCUCCAGCCUUGCUAUUGUGAACACCAUCGCCAAUGCUUCGUUCAUCUGGACUCCGUACCUCUGGCCCGACACGGAUGAGCCGCGAUAUGCGAUUGCCAUGUCCAGCUCCGCCGCCUUCUCCAUUGCAACAGCGACAAGCGCCUGGAUUAUGAAGCUCUGGCUCAAAAAGUUGAACAAGAAGAUAAGGCAGACAGAGGAUGAGUCGGUCUUGAGGUUUGCAUACUAG